AACUUAUAUUUGGUUUUGUUUCAAUUACAGUAUAAAUACCAGAUCAAUAUUGAUGGUACGGUUGCAGCCUACCGACUCCCCUACUUAUUAGCAGGAAGUGGUGUGGUGUUAAAACAAGAAUCUCAUUAUUAUGAGCAUUUCUACCAUCAGAUGGAACCUAUGGUUCACUACAUCCCAUUCAAACAAGACCUCUCAGAUCUUAUUAAGAAGCUUGAGUGGGCUAAAAACCAUGAUGCAGAGGCCCAAAGAAUAUCAAAGAAUGCACAACAGUUAGCUCUAGAUCAUCUUCUGCCAAAAGAAGUGUUCUGCUAUCAUGUGGUAUUAUUUCAGGAAUAUGCCAAACGUCUUACUAAACCUCCUAAAAUAGUGCAAGGAAUGGAACAUGUUCCACAGCCAAAAAAUAAACCUCUAUGUUCCUGUCCAUCUACUACUGAGAAGGUCGAACGAGAUGAACUUUAAUAAAAUUUUAUCAAUAAAUUCAAAAUGAGAUGAAGAGAGAAAGCUAAAGUGCUGGCUUGAAUCUUUGUACAGUCUCAUGCUGGAAAGGAACAGAAUAUUUUUCACAUAAGACAGAGUGUGCAUCUUGAGGAACUUGCUGUAGUGUAAAUCCACAGGGAGUAUAUGAUAAAUGCAAUAAUCAAAUAGUGUGUAUUAUGAAUGACCUAAAUCAUUGUCACUGUUAAGCCAAAAUAUGUUAUGGAUUUUUCAAGAUGCAGCAUUACUAGUGUAAAAUACAUCCUUUGAGUUCAUACUUAAUGAGAACCAAUCUUCUUUGCUAAUUUAAAGGUUUAACAUAUUUGGAAUUUAGAUGAACUAUCACUUUAACACAGGAUUUAAAGAAAAGAUAUAAAAUUAAUUAUUUAUUGUUGAUCAGUAACAUUUCACAUUUACUAAUAGUUUAGGCAUAGUAGGAUUUGAGGUUUUUUUAAUUAUAAGGACAGAAAAAGAUGCAAUUAACUUUUAAGUACUGUUAUAAAGCAGUGAAUGGUUAAUAAAAAUGAAAACUGUUUUUAUUGAGAGUUUAAGACAUUAUAUAUACAAGCUUAAACUCUCUCUAUAGUCUAGAAUUUUAUUACUAAUCUUAACAGCGUAUCUAUAAGUUACUAAUAUUUUGUUAAUUAUUCAGGUUUUGAUCCAUAGGAUUUUUGAAAAGUGUAUUAAUGAUCUGAAUAGAUAUGCUAGUACUCUGAUUUACUGACUAUUAUUUUAUUAAUUUUGUUUUAGAUGUUCAACUCAUUUAUUCUGAUCUAUCUCUGAAUUUUAAUUUUGUUAGCUAGUAAAACAAUUUCAACGUUUUUUGUGACUACUUUAUGCCACAGGAUAUAGAUUUUGUUUGUGAAUGUUACUUUUUACAUAACUUUAGCAUUUCUCAUGUGACUGUUUGAGGAAGCAUGUUCAGCAUGGCUCGUGUAAGAUAUCGGCAGUACUUGUGACUUGCUUUAUUCAAAUAUUAUUUCUGAAGUAUUUUUGUGAUUUUUGCUCUUGUGAAACAAUUUUAAUAUUACUUACUUAACUUGUUUUUGGCACAGAAUUUUUAAAUUGUAUUAAUGUUGUAAAUAUAAUUGAACUUAAACAUUGUUUAUGUGAUUGGUGCUUUGAUUAUUGUUGUCAGAAAAGAUCAGUAUUAUUUGUUGCCAUAUUCAAUGACAUGGUUUUAAAAUGGUGUGACUGCUGUAAAUUAAAAGUAAUUUGAACAUUACAUAUAAUUGUUACAGAUUUUUUUUCAAUUUCACCAAAGGUAAAAUUCAAAGGAGAAUCUGUGAUGUAAAGGCCUAAUGUUUUCUUUGAUUGGCUGUAUCCUCUGCUGUGGACUGCAGUUUCGUUAAUUGAAGGCUCAUCAGCACAGCUUGGGUUGGCAACUCAAAGAAAUACAGUUAGGCCUCUACCUCACAAGAUUCUUCUUUCAAUUUCAUCAAUGGUGAAAUUGAAAAUAAAUCUGUAACACAUAUAUAUAUGUGUGAUCAAUAAAUAAUUGUCCCGAUAUAUAAUGUGGAAUAAUGAUUUAGGCACAAGUUCUAACAUUAUUCAUAUACUUAAAUUAUUUUAGAUUAUUGGUGAUUGAAAAGGACUUAAAAAAGCACAUUAAUUUGAACAUUGUAUGAUUAUUUCUAUAAUGAAACAGAAUUUCAAUUAUUGUUAUGUGCCUGCUAUUGUAAAUGAAAUAAUAUAUCAACAUUGUUUGACUUUGGUUUAAGGGAACACUACAUGUAUCAAAGCCAAACUUCAGCAUGGUCUGUCGUUGUUGCUACAAUGAAACAAAAUUUCAACAUUGUGUAUGUGGCAGUUACAUUAGAUAAAAGAAUACUUUUAUUUUUCUGUGUGUGAGAUGUGCUUCACAUUUUGUUUUUUAUUUGAUGUAAUAUUGAAAUUAGGAACUGUAAGAUGCAAAUAUGCAUUUUAUGUAAGGAAACAUAUUGUUUGAUGCAAUGUUUGCGUGUAAUCUCAUGUAACCAAUAUAUAUUGAUCUAUGUAUUUUUCUGAAUUAAUAGUGAUUCAAGGAUCUGUUAUUUUUGUAUGAAGCUUUUUAUAUACAUUUGAAUGACUACUUUAUCACAUAUGUAAAGAGUGAUAUUAAUGUGCAAUUCAUUUUUAGAUCCAUUUUUGUAAAGCAACACAGCAAGAUUAAAUUUUUUGCUAAUAAA